UUUAAACACUUCAAUUAAUCAACAAAAUGUACAAAUAAUCUAACUUGUUUGUAAAUGUUAUACAUCUUAGUAUGUAGGCUAUUAUUACUAAAGCAUAAUUUUGGACAAAAAAGAUCAUACCAAAGGUGGCUAACCUUGCUCCACUCCCUGAUCUAAAGGAUGAGCAGACUUCUAUUCCAGCCCAGCAAUAAUACACGUUAUUAUCAACUCAUUAGGUUUGAUACAUAGAAUCAAGUGUGUUAGUGCUGGGCUGGAACAGAAGCCUGCACACCCAGCAUACCUCCGGGAGAAGGAUUGGCCUGCUACAGUUGUAAUAAGUUUGUAGCCUACAUUGUGUGUAACUUUUAACUGUAUUGUCGUGUACAACAUGUGAUAACAUAAGUACACAUACAACCCAUGGCAUACAAGGACGUGCCAGCAGACUCUUGGGACAUUCACUGGGACCUCUUCAUCUGCAGCUCUCCAGGCUUUCGCAGCUCUCCAUGUCUCAGGAAAGACAACAUUACAAAGCAACAGGCUUAAUUUUAUUUCAAUUACACAGCCCUAAUUAUUAUCUAUCUGUCUGUCUUCAUAGUUCUCAUCUCUAAGGACUAGUACUGGAUAUUCUUUUCAUGAUGUCAUCCCACAACCCGCCCUAUUUAACUAGUAAACGUACUCCUUUUUAUGACAGCUGGAGCAGAAAAUGAUUUCACUCUCUUCCAUUGCUGAUAACUACAAAUGCAUUUAGAGCCUGAGUUUUUAAUUUAAAAUUAUAAAUAUGCCUAAAUCAAGAUACCAUGCUAAUAUGAAGAAAGCUUGCUGAUUACAUACUUGGCUAAGUGAAAUAUAAAGUUGGCUAGCUAGCUAUUUAGCUAGCAGGUCAUUAGCCUACACACAGUGGGCUGCUAUAGCUAGCUGGCUAAUAAUACAUCGUUUUUUAACAUUUUCAAAAUGUACUUACUUACUUGAAUAGGUUCAUGCCCACGCCAACGAAGCGGCCAAUCCUUUGUAGCGAAGCGUUGUCGAGCGGAGCCAUCUCGUUUGGUCGAGACGUUACACACGCUUUGAAAACAUUCCAUACUUUUCGCGGUGUAUUUGAACGUUCUAAAAUUCCAAUGACAUUCAAAAUACUGUUGUCACAACAUUAGAUGAUUGCUUGUUGAUGUUUCAAAGCAAAUGCACCAACUUAGUGUCGCAGAGCCUUUAAAAAUUAGGUGAUAAGAUAUUUGACAAUAAUCGACGUUAUUGAUUUUGCACUCUACAGCAAAGGCAUAGGAGCAAUGGAAGAGCCCACCUGCCAUGUCCAAGCAGGUGUUAUGCUGGAGGAUCUUAGGAAAUUAGUCACUUGGGCUCACUCUCAUGGCUCCCACUGUCCCCACAAGCUUUGGCACAAGGGAAAACUUAACCCAGGGGUUGGGCAUCAGUGCAAAGUUAAUUGGAGAUGUGAGGUUGGACAUGCCUUUGACUGGGCCUUGACACUUGCCACAGAGGUGAAAGUUGAGGAGGAAAAGACAGAGGGGGAGGUGGAUGUAGGUCAUAGGAGCAAGAGGAGGAGAAUACAACAUCUGUCCUCGGAUGAAGAAGAGGAGAUGGUAUAUACCCCAUUCAAUGGAAAUAUUACUGAUGAAAAUGGGGUUGAAUCCGACGUGAGCCACUGUAGCCUUGUGGCCCAUGUGUCAAGAGAGGGAGGAGAUGCCACAGUGAGAAUGCUGGAAGAGGCUUUGACUUUAAAGUCCAAGCAGCAGAGAACUGUGAAACAACCAUUCUUUCCUAGGAUGAUUGUUAAGGAGCACCCCAAAGGCAAUAUCCACAUGGAAGUUAGGGUGGAUCUAGAGCAAAAGAACAAGGAGUCAAACCAAGAGGGAAGGGGCAUUGAGAAGAGGACAGUUCUAAAGGAGGAAAGCCCAGGCCCAAAUGAAAACCUCAUUACAGCUCUUGACAUCACCCCUCUCCGAAGCUGCCUUUCAGACAUUGAGCGCGCCCCAGAAGAUGAGGAGUGGGCAACUCCUAAGGGUGGACAGUGUUCCCUCUCCCCUCCUGAACCUAAGCCCCUAUUCCAGGGCCAGGGUGAAACCCACAGGCAGGGCUCCUGUAGUGCUGCCGUCUUCCCACCUACACCUGAGAGAUCAGGUGCGGCCUCAGGGCACUGUCCCCCUAAUAAAGGCAAGGUGAAGACAGCACCCAAGAAACCAGCAGAGAAAAGGGGGCCAAAGAGAGCAGAGGCCAGCCUGGGCAAUCUCAUGACCUUUAUCAUGUGGCUAAACUCUCAAAACCAUUCGGCGGCCCGCUGUCCAGGCAGCCUGCCUAUCGCCGAGCUGGACAGGUUAUUGGUCGCCUUCUUCCAGUAUGUGUGGGAGGAGUCCCGCCUGCAGGCCUUGAGCAGCAGCACUCUUACGACAUACGCCCGUAUGCUGGACCGUGAUCUGCAGAACCAGGGCUGCAGCUUCAGUAUCCGGAAGUCAGCCGAGUUCACAAACACCAUUAGGGAACUGGAUAACUGCUGCCAGAACUUGAAGCAGAGAGAGUGGGACAGAGACAUCCUGGUGAUCCAGAGCUUGAGGAGAGAAGAGGAGGCUGCACUGAGGCAGGCAGGAGUCCUGUCUAGGGCCACACCGGAUGGGCUGCUCAACCUGGUCCUGCUCAACAACCUCAAGGCCUUUGGGAAGUUCCACCUCCAGGGAGUCUGGCCCGGGCGAGUCUCUGACUUCCACACGGCCACGGAGACCCACCCAGGGACGUGCGACGGGGAAAAACUGGAAUACCUGGAGUGGAACAAUACUAAUUUCCCAGAACAGAGCCCCGUACGGAUGCACGGCCUGGCUGACGAUCCAGAACGCUGCCCCCUGUGGGACUACAAGCUCUACGUAUCCAAGCGUGUUGGAAGCCACCUGAUCGCCUCUGAUGCAAUGUACUGUUGCCCACUGAGCCAGUGUAGGCCCUGGGAUAAUCACUGGUUCAGCCGCCAUGCCAUGCCCAAACCUCGCCUGGAAAAGAUUAUUAAGUCUCUGAGCCACCAUAUACUCUCCGUUCGUAAUGGGAGGGCAGCAGCCGUAUAUUAGUCAGCAGGUACUAAUAGAAGAACAUUGAUUGUAUUUUAACUGUAUACUGUAUGUGCAUACAUACAUUCAAAGUGUGAUAUCCUAGCAUGACAUGUGUUGUUUUACACCAUUGAAUGUUGUAUGCUAUGUUAUGGUUGAAAUACUCAUAAAUGGUAUUACAAAAAAAAUCUUAUUUUCAUGAUAAUGAUUCCUCAUAUUUCUAAGUUACUCCAGUCUCCAGCCGCUCUCAUAAUGCAAAUAACCUUCAUUCAGUUAACUCGUGUCAUAUUUCCUGUACCCUAAAUUACAUACUGUAGCUUGCAUGAGAGAGUUACAGAAAUGAGGAGCGAGAGAGGACCUCAAUCACAGAAUUCAAUAGAACACAACUCUAUGCUUACGAUCACAACUCUUACUUGUCCCGAAGAUCACCCACGCAAUGCUACACUACUACCAGCUAGUACUUUUUAUUAGGCUAGAUUGCAGUAGACUUUAGUCUUGAAUCUUUAGCCCUGAACAUACACAUGAAAUGAAACUGAUUUAUUAUUUACUGUAUGACUUUCAGGACAGGAGCAUAUACAAUCUAGUACGAUACCACAACCUUGUACAAUGUUGUAAAAUGCUUUAAGAUUGGCAAUUUGAAAAUAUUUUGUGAGAAACAUUGUGAACUGAAAUUCAAACGUUGGACAAGGGAAACCUUUUUCUUGUAAAUCAAAACGUUGUCACAACGUUGGUUCUAAUGUAACCAAUAUGCAACCUUAUAGAAUAUAACAAAAACACUCUGUGUCAGCUGGGUACACCUCUAGGAAAGCAUAAUAGUUGGGUCAACGAGAGAGAGAAACAGGAUAUGGAAAGGAAUGUAACAUUACUAUUUGACUUAAAAAAUGUAACCUUUAUUUAACUAUGCAAAGAAGAGAACAAAUUCUUAUUUACAAUGACGGCCUACACUGGCCAAAUCCGGACGACGAUGGGCCAAUUGUGCGCAGCCCUAUGGGACUCCCAAUCACGGCCGGUUGUGAUACAGCAUAAAUUCAAACCAGGGUGAAUGUAGUGAUGCCUCUAGCAAUGAGAUGCAGUGCCUUAGACCGCUGCGCCACUCGGGAGCAAAGACUGAUUGUAAAUAAAAAAGAAGCCUCAGGUUAAUCUAUUCCUACACGGAGUUCCUUUCUUAUCACUAAAAAUAGGGAUAUCAGACAAGGAUUUCUGAAUAUGAAACUGUGGAAAUCACUCUGGGGAGCAUUAGUGUGCUGAUUUUUAUGUCUUGUAAUU